UGCAGUUCCAGCACAACUCAAUGAACAGCAGGCAACUAUAGCAAAUAACCUGCCUGCAGCCUUUCUGCACGGCAAAACAACCCUCACAGAUGAGUAAAACAGCCGGGGUUUUUAUUCUGAAUUAUCUUACAGCUGAGUAAGAUCUCCAUCAUGGUGCUCGGGAAGGUGAAAAACUUCUUUGUCAGCUACGACUGUCUCAAUGACAGCAACGUCCCGGUGUUUGCCAGUGGGGACUUUGUCUCAGGUCGGGUGAUUGUUGAAGUCACCGGAGAAAUUCGCGUUAGAUCGUUAAACAUCCACGCAAAGGGACUGGCGAAAGUUCGCUGGACGGAAUCGCGCAGUGCUGGAUCUAACACGGCAUAUACACGGCAUUUCACCGAAGAAGUGGAGUAUUUAAACCACAGAGAUGUGCUUAUAUUACAUGACAGAGAUGACGACUGCUGCGAUGAAGCCUUCACCGUUCUUCACUCAGGCCGCCACGAGUUUCCCUUCAGCCUUGAACUGCCCCAGACGCCUUUGGCGACGUCUUUUGAAGGCAAACAUGGCAGCGUUAGGUACUGGGUGAAGGCAGAGCUUCACAGGCAAUGGCUUCUGCCCAUGAAGACCAAGAAAGAGUUCACCGUCUUCGAGCACAUUGACAUCAACACACCAUUGUUACUGUCUCCCCAAGCUGGCACAAAGGAUAAAACUCUUUGCUGCUGGUUUUGCACCUCAGGACCCGUAUCACUAAGUGCCAAAAUCGAGAGGAAGGGCUACACUCCAGGAGAGACCAUCCAGAUCUUCGCUGAGAUUGAAAACUGCUCUUCCCGCGUGGUCGUGCCAAAAGCAGCUCUUUACCAAACCCAGACCUUCUUCGCCAAAGGGAAGGUCAAGGAGAUCAAGCAGCUCAUCGCUAACCUGCGCGGAGAUCCUCUACAUUCGGGAAAAACUGAGACGUGGGAUGGAAAAAUGCUGAAGAUCCCACCAAUAUCACCAUCUAUUCUGGACUGCAGCAUCAUCCAUGUGGAGUAUUCACUCAUGGUGUAUGUGGACAUCCCUCGAGCUGUAAACCUGACCCUAAACCUGCCGCUGGUCAUCGGCACCAUUCCUCUGCACUCUUUCGGCAGCAGAACAUCAUCCGUCAGCAGUCAGUGCAGCAUGGCUAUGAGCUGGUUGGGAUUGCCUGAAAGACCCGAAGCUCCACCAAGUUACUCUGAAAUCAUCACUGACGAGGAGCGACAAUGCAGCUCUGAUCUCCCAGCGGUUAGAGAUGAGAUUGAAGGACCACUGUAUGCUUACAUUCACGAGUUUCGCUUCCAGCCUCCUCCUCUGUAUUCUGAGGUUGAUCCCCAUCCUGAUUAUGUGUGCGGAUCGAUGGACAGACGACCAGACAAUUGUCCAUCCCGCUGAAGGAGUGACCACGCCUGACCAGCGCAGUCAGGGAUCAAAAAUCUCCACAAACCUCCACCCGAGGUUUGUUCUUCCUCCAUGAGGAGAUGCGAGCUGCCAUUCUGAUAACAGAUGGAAACACUCCCAAUCUGGGUCGAGUCAAAAAAUCUGCUGAAGAUCUUGAUUGACCCUUCCCUCUCCAUCGUCGGUGAUCAGGGCGUGCAGACAGGAAUAGUCGGAGUAAAACUGUGCCCUUGACACUGAGAUGUGUUAAAGAGAACACGGUCCAAAUGCAAGAGUAAAUUUGGAUGUGAUUUAAUGGUACCAAGAGCAACAAAUAACCCCCGUGCAUCCUGCAUCCACUCCAGCAGAACAUUUUGUCAGUUGUUUUCAUUUUGUCAAUUGUUUCUUGCAAGAGAAGUGGCUUUACCACAUUGAUUUUUCUCAAAACGUACUUGAGCAUGUUGAAAAAUGUGGACAUGGCAAGAUUAUUGGUGGGAUUUUUGACACGCCGUGUUGCCUUUUUGCUUGAAAGAAACUGCGAAAGCAUCAAAAACGGCACUUGGUACCAAUUCAAGUGGCGAAAGAAGAGAGACCAUUAACUGAGGACGCUCAUCGAGAUGCAAGACAUUCCUGAAUCAGUCCUCCAGCUCUCGCUGUUACAAAAAUAUGCAGAAAGCUGCACUCCAGGACUCUUGGAUGAGCCAACUAGACUCGCAAUGUCUUUGACCUAAUGGCUUUUGAUCUGUUUUUGUUUGACGACAACAAGCACUUUUCACCGAUUGCAUUCAAAGUGUUGGAAGCUUGGCUAAUAUGUCUGACGUUUACGUGUGAUUUAGAUAUGUUUGUUUACAUAAACACACUGUUAACAAACUAGAAUCACUAGCUACGCUUCUGAAUGGAUAAAACCAUCAUUGUGGCCUUGACGCAAAUCCAUGUUUGUGUUUUCAGAGUUUAAGGCUGAAUUUGUGCGCUCUGCUGAUAUUUGCCUAUUGUAAAAAGGGACUUUUUGUGAACUGUAUGCAUCUUUGUAUUGAUGUUUGUGCUUGAUUCACUGAUGAAAGUUGUCACUUGUUUUAAGAUACUCUGAGAACAUUCUCAAACGUGCACUUCCAGGGAAAUAAAUAACCCUCACAGAGACUAGAUAUAUAUCAUGCAUACUGCAUAUCGGAAGCAACGCUGCUCUUCAGACAGGCAGAGCUAAUAAAAAUGGCUUCCUUUUUUCCAUUUCAGGGCUUGAUGGGUGUGAAUUUUAACAUGAGAAUGGUGCAAUAUCCACUGUGUUUUCAGUGUGUUUCCACAUAGUUUUGUAUUCUUGGCUUGUUUCUAACUUUUGUACCAUUUUGUAAGUCAUCUAUGUUGUCUCACAGCAAAAAAAAAUGAACAUUUUGUCUGUUUUUGCUCCAACAUGUUUUAAUAAACAUGCCAUUUGAUACAAUUAAA